AUGUCGUAUUUCUUUUCUUCGCCCGUCGACAUUGACAUUGUGCUCGAGGAUGGCGAUCAUCGGCAGAUGGUGGACACCAAAACUGAAAAGGGCCGUCGAGAAAAGGCACCGCUGUAUCAAGAUGGCGAAUCCGUCAAGGGAGCCGUUACCAUACGACCCAAAGAUGGCAAGAGACUAGAACACACGGGUAUCAAGGUACAAUUUAUCGGGACCAUUGAGAUGUUUUUUGAUCGUGGAAAUCAAUAUGAGUUUCUCUCCUUUGGACAAGAGCUUGCUGCUCCAGGCGACCUGCAACACCCCCAGGCAUUUGAUUUCAACUUCAAAAACGUCGAAAAGCAAUACGAGUCCUACAGCGGAAUAAAUGUCCGUUUACGCUACUUUGUACGGGUCACCGUCUCCCGCCGUAUGGCCGACGUCAUCCGCGAGAAGGAUAUCUGGGUCUAUUCCUAUCGCAUUCCUCCCGAGAUGAACAGCUCAAUAAAAAUGGACGUGGGUAUCGAGGAUUGUCUACACAUUGAGUUUGAGUACUCAAAGUCCAAAUACCACCUCAAAGAUGUUAUUGUCGGCCGAAUUUACUUCCUGCUCGUUAGACUCAAGAUUAAACACAUGGAGCUCUCUAUUAUCCGUCGUGAAACUACGGGCGCUGCUCCCAACCAGUAUAAUGAAAGUGAGACGUUGGUCCGAUUUGAAAUAAUGGAUGGAUCUCCAUCCCGGGGGGAAACAAUUCCUAUUCGCCUCUUUCUAGGUGGCUUUGAUCUCACACCCACUUUCCGUGAGGUUAAUAAGAAAUACUCCACCCGGUACUAUUUGAGUCUUGUUCUUAUUGAUGAAGACGCCCGACGCUACUUCAAACAAUCCGAAAUUGUCCUCUAUCGCCAGCCUCCUGAAAUCGCGGCUGGAGCUGGCCAGCAAACCCAAAUUACCGGAACCCCUCCACCAGAAAGAACCCCUAUUCCUCAAGCAUAG